GCGCCGCCACCAGAAGGAGAUCUUUGAGAUCCGAUUUCUCUCCGUAGACCCGGCGGGCUGCUAGGGGCCCGCCCCGGCCGGCGAUCGGCAGCCGCCGAAGGCACGGCACCCGCGUGUCCGGGAAGAAGCGAAGGAGACGCGGGGAGGUUUUGUAGGGCAACGUGGGAAGGGGAGCGCUGGGUGUGGCGGCCGAGGCGGGCUUGGGGAAGGAGGCGAAGCCAAGGGGGGCGUCUGAGAGCGGCCGGUCCCCUAUGCGCGGCUCAGCCGAGGCUCCCGCAGCCCAGCCUUCCCUCCGGCUUCCCAGCCCGCGGAUCGUGGCCCGGGCGCCGCCUCCCCGGCUCCCCUCUAUGUAAGCUCGCCUUUCCUCCUCCUCCUCCUCCUCCUCCUGCGGCUGGAUGGCGAUUGAGCGGCGCCGAGAGGAGGGCGGCGGAGGGGGCCGACCCCUCCCCGAAGAAAACGGGUCUUUGCCUGCCGGGGAGGCGGACCCGGCAGCCCCGGUCGCCCCUCCUGCGGGGGGUCUCCCGGCGGAGAUCCAGAGCCUGCCUCUCCCCACGCCUCCCUCCGGCUCCUGCAGCCCCCUGCUUCUGGAUUACGACGGCUCCGUGCUGCCCUUCUUGGGUCGCCUGGGCGGCGGGCAUCAGAAAGCCCUCAUCUUCCUCACCUGGAUCCCGGCGCUUUUCAUCGGCUUCAGCCAGUUCUCGGACAGUUUCCUCUUGGUGCAUCCCAUCUCUCGGUGCAAGGGGACGGAUGGGAAGGGCAACUGGAGCGAGUUCCCCCCGCAGCCGCCCCCCAGGGGUCUCACCACCAGCCCCAGCUACAACCACAGCAGCAGCUACAGUAGGGGCAUCCUGGCCGCCCCGGAGCUGCCCACUCCCGAGGGAAAGAAUGACAGUUACUGCCACUGCAGUGAGAGGUACCACCGGAUCCCUGCGGGCCUACAGCAGAAUAUCGUCAGCAAGAUUGAUGGUGGUGAGAUGGAAAAAUUUAACUGUCGUGGUUAUUCGGCAAAUCAUGAUUAA